AGCUCCUUAAUAAGUAUUCAUAGUCAGUUCUUGGCAGGAUUAGAAUCACUGAAGACAUUCUGGGAUGUCAUGGAUGAAAUCGAUGAGAAGACCUGGGUACUGGAGCCAGAAAAACCUAUGCGGAGUGCAACUGCACGCAGAAUUGCAUUAGGGAAUAAUGCUUCCAUAAAUAUAGAGGUAGACCCUAGGCAUCCUACCAUGCUUCCUCAGUGCUGUUUUCUUGGAGCUGACCAUGUGGUAAAGCCUCUAGGAAUUAAACUGAGCAGGAACAUACAUUUGUGGGAUCCAGAAAAUAGUCUGUUACAAAAUUUGAAGGAUGUUUUAGAAAUUGAUUUUCCAUCUCGUACUAUCCUGGAAAAAUCUGAUUUUACUAUGGAUUGUGGAAUUUGUUAUGCCUAUCAAUUUGAUGGUGCCAUUCCUGACCAAGUGUGCAAUAAUUCCCAGUGUGGACAGCCUUUCCAUCAAAUAUGCUUAUAUGAGUGGUUGAGAGGACUGCUCACUACUAGACAGAGUUUUAACAUCAUAUUUGGAGAAUGUCCAUAUUGUAGUAAGCCAAUUACCUUGAAAAUGUCUGGGAGGAAACCCUGAACUGGGAAUGUAGCACUUCUGUGAAGAACUGGGAACAAAAAUUGUCAAAUGGAUUUUAUUUGAUACUGUCAGAG